AUGUCCCCGCUGAGCUCGCUGCUGCUGGCCCUGGCCCUGGCGGCUGGCCCUGGCGCCCGCGGAGCGUGUCCGGUGCCCGCCGACCUGAAGCUCGCGGACGGGACGCGCACGUGCGCCAAGCUCUACGAUAAGAGCGACCCCUACUACGACAACUGCUGCGCGGGGGCCGAGCUGUCGGUGGAGCCCGGCGCCGACCUGCCCUUCCUGCCCUCCGACUGGGCCGACACCGCCUCGUCGCUGGUGGUGGGGCAGCGCUGCGAGCUCGUGGUGUGGUCGCUCCCCGGCAAGGCCGGCAAGACGCGCAAGUUCUCGGCCGGCUCCUACCCGCGCCUGGAGGAGUACCGCCGCGGCAUCUUCGGCAACUGGGCCAACUCCAUCGCCGGGCUCUACUGCAGGUGCUCUUGACACGUUGGAGGUCCCUCAUCACAGUCCCCAUACAGCGCUGAGCCCCUCGCCUGGCCUUGUCCCUGGGACCUACUGCAGACUCCAAGGCCCAGGAGAGCCUUUCUGCCUGCACCCCCCACCCC